AUGCCACCCCUCUCACCUGCCGCCUCUUCUCCAUCCUGCGAACACACUCCACCUCAAUGCUGUGCGUCAGCACCUCUGCGCCAGCAUCCCACCCUCCAACGUCCUUACUUCCAUCCUCGAGCCAUGCAAGCACAGCUUUUUCAUGCUGUCCAUACGCUCCUUCGUGCUGCCGCAGCUGCCACCACAACCAUUGCGAACGCGCACCGAGCGUGUCUCUUAUUUGAUUCACGAGAGAAAAUCGCGACGACAGAUGUAUGCCUUCCCUCUGCUACUGCACGUACUGCACGGCAUAUGAGUGACGUGAAAGUCAUGGGGGAUCGGUCGAGUAUGGAAAAAACCGGCACUUCAAGCCUUCGAUUUACUAGGAACGGUAUGAAGCCUGUGAAAAUGGAGAAACAUUUGCCAUGCAUAAUGCAUGGUAUGGGAAUAGCUACCUCCCUGGAAUCUAAGCUAGACUGCGACAAGGUCGAUCACAGACCGAGGGGGUCCAUGCACACCACAUCAUGUGGUCACCACAUCAUGUGGUAUGCAUCUGCAUCGUCAACUGCCCCUGCAGCGUCGUCUCAAGACCUAGUUACUCGUCCUUAG